AUGAGUGAGACCGGUGCUAUUUACAGUCACGACAAACGCAAUAUGUAUGUUUAUCCACCUGCAUCAACAAGAGUAUACUUUAUUCUUCUCGAAGGUGUAGAGCGUAUUGAGAAUGGUGCGUUCUCUAGUUGUUCAAAUCUAGAAGUCGUUACAAUUCCAGAUGGAAACAUCAAAUACAUUGGUGAGAAUGCAUUCAGAGGAUGCAUAAAUCUCAAGCAGAUUACCCUUCCUUCAUCAAUAAAUACUAUUGGUGCAGGUGCUUUCACAUACUGUCCUUUGCUUUCAUGCGGUGUAAUUAUUCAAAAGUCUACUUCAGCAUUUGUACAAAUGGUGCAACAAGCAGGACUUGAUUUGAGGUCUCAACUCCACUGUUCUCAAUUUUCAUGCAAACAAAAUUCUAUAUACUCAUUUAGUCUUCCAAUGUCUUCCUAUAUUGUUUUUAUUUUAAUGUAA